AUGCGAGCAAAUUAUACAGCAGAAGCAAUCCCAUACGAGCUUGACCAGGACCGCUCGCGGUGCUACAUGGCGCCAAACGGCCUGCGGGAGGCGCAUCUCAAGCCGGGGCAGCAUGUGAAGCUUACGGCAAACAAAAAAGACGCGUUUCUGAAAAUCAUUCCAAAGUUUGAUGGGGAUGAGAACGCGGUGUACAUCCCGCAGGAAGAGCUGCAGCAGCUGGGCGCGCGGCCUGGGGACGCAGUGCAUGUGGAAAGAGCCCGCGAGGAGUUUCCCGAAGCGAGCGAGGUGUGCAUUUGGUUCAAAAGGGUGCGGAAGACCAUAGAGAGGCUUGAGGCAGUGCGUCUUAUUAUGACAGACAAAAAAGUGGUCUCCUGCGGAGAGGCUAUUCUGGGGGGGCGUGUAAAAAUAAAAGAGCACGAGAGGGUGAAGGUGACGGAUGAAACCAAAAUCAAGAUUGAGACCGAGGAAAGGACAGAAGCUGCAGUUGGCUUGGAGGAAGAGGCUGGCGCCAUAAAGGCGUUUCUAGAUGGGGCGCACCGCGGGCGUGCAGACAGUCUGGGUGACAGCGGCUUCUGCGAAGGCGAGAGCGAAGAAGACAUGUCUUGGAGGGUUCCGCAGGGGCUUAUACUUGCAGGAGACCCGGGGAUGGGGAAGCGGACGCUUUGCCAAAGCGUGCUGCGAGAGACCGGAAAGGAGUGGGUUCGGGUGCAUGGGAACAAGACCAAGCUACUGGAGGACGCCUUUGAGUAUGCAAAGCUGAACGAGCCCUGCACAAUUUGGAUCGACCGGCUGGACAGAUAUCUGGAGGACAGGCCUGUAGACACUGCGGUAUGCAUAGAGAGACUGAUGGAGGAGGUGACCAGGGAUGGAAGGAGAAUAGCGGUGCUUGCCACAGUCAGCGACCUGCAGAGCGUGCCCAAGGAGCUGACAAAGGCGUAUGUGCUUGACAAGGCCGUGCUUUUGCACGCGCCCACGCUUGCCCAGCGCGCGCAGCAGAUCCAGGCUGCUUUCACGCGCCAUGUAAAAGCCAAUCCAGAGUGUGCAGGCGGCAAGGCUGCGCUUGAAAGCGCCGCAAAGAGAACCGCCGGGUUCACGCGCAGCGAAAUCCAUCUGCUAGUGCGGGACUCCAUUCUUGAGAGCGGCGCCGGCCUGUCUGGGGCAGGAGAAGCGGAGCCCGUGCGGCCGCUGGAGCAAUCGAUUGCAAGCAUGAAGAUAUCAGGCAGCGCCCAGAGGCCUUGCAAUGGACAGUGCAUGGAGCGGCUGAUGAGCAAGAUUGUGCGCAGCAUUCCCAGCGCCUCUGACGGGGUUCCUGCAGAGGUUCCAAAUAUUCGGUUUUCUGCCAUAUUCGGGCAGGAGGAGGCCAAGGAGAGGCUGAAAGAGGCUAUUAUUUGGCCGGUUGUGCACUCGGCGCUUUUCAGCCAGGCAGGCGUGCAGCCUCCGAAGGGAGUGCUUCUGUACGGGCCGCCGGGCUGCGGAAAGACCCUUAUUGCGCAGGCGCUGGCGAACGAAAGCGGGUCUGUGUUUCUAUCGAUUCGGGGGCCCGAAAUCAUGGGCAAGUAUGUUGGAGAAAGCGAAGAGCGGGUGCGGAAAGUGUUUGCCCGGGCCAGGGCGCAGACGCCCUCGAUUGUUUUCAUAGACGAAAUAGACUCGAUUGCUCCGCACAGGGAGUCGGAGGGCGGGCAGGUUGACAAGCGAGUUGUUUCGACGCUUUUGACAGAAAUGGACGGGGUGGGAAGCGCCCCAGGCGUGUUUGUUCUGGGCGCAACCAACAAGCCGUGGAGCAUUGACAGCGCUCUUAUGCGGCCGGGAAGGUUUGACUGCCAUGUGCUUGUCGACUUGCCGGGCAAGGAAACCAGAAAAGAGCUUAUACGGAGCAAGCUGGGAAAGACGCUGCAGGCAAUCCAGGCGUGGGGAGACAUGCAGGAGGGCGAGGCCGCCCGGCUGCAGGAGUAUCUUGCAGAGAGAUCCGACGGCUUUACGGGCGCGGAAAUAUCGGGGCUGUGUGCAGAAAUUUCAAUGGGGGCGGUGCGGGCGCGCAUACAGGAAGUCACUACAGGAAGCGGGGAGCGCGAAAGCAUGGUGGAGGGCCUUAAAAAGAUAGCGGACCGGGUAAAGCCGCGCGUUCCCAAGCAGGAGAUCGAAACGUUCCGAGCCUUUUCAAUGGACCCCAUGAAAGUGCAGGCUGCGCUGGCCAGCCAGAGGCCCCGGCAGCAGGAGUAG